GUUUCGCAGCAAAAUUACUUUUUUUUUCUUUUUCGUUUAGCUGAUCACCUAUGGGAGUUCAAGGACUUUGGACACUCGUCGGACCAGCAGCAAGGCCAACACAGCUUGAGUCUUUGAGACAAAAAAGAAUUGCAGUUGAUGCAUCGAUCUGGAUCCACCAAUUUAUGCGAACCAUGCGUGACAGGCAAGGAAAUGCUCUAAGAAAUGGACACCUCUUGGGCUUCUUUCGAAGACUAUGCAAGUUAUUAUUCUAUGAUAUUAAACCUGUGUUUGUGUUUGAUGGCGGAGCGCCAGUAUUAAAACGAAAUACUAUAAGAGAAAGAAGAAGACGAAGAGAAGGGAUGAAGAUAAACAUGAAGGCCACCGCAAGAAAGAUCUUGAGUGCUCAAGUUAAGUCAAGGGUUAUAAUGGAAGAAGAAAAAAAACGAAGAGGAGAACAGACAACUAAUGACGAAGAAUAUGUGUACUAUGAACAACUUGAAAAAUCAGCUGCAGUUGAUGUUUUACGAAAGAAUAGAAAACUAGAUCAAUAUGAAUUACCAGAGAUAAAUCAAAACCAGAUCCAUCCUGAUAAAGUAGAUCCUCGUUUAGCAACAGCACAAGAAAUUAAGGAAUUUGUUGAAGAAUAUAUGCCUUCAGAUAUGGACAUUGACUCAGAAACAUUCAAGUCGUUACCACCUGAGAUACAGUAUGAGAUCAUUCAAGAUUUGAAGCUUAAAUCACGUCAAACAUCUUGGGCAAGACUAGAUCAAAUGGUUAGAAAUUCUAAAACUGCGCUUGAUUUUUCAAAGCAGCAGAUCAAAUUGCUAAAACAUCGAAAUGAAAUGACACAAAGAGUGAUACAGAUGAACACUGUUGCUGGGGGGACGGUUGCCUCUGAGCCUGCCCGUGUAGCCGGUGAGAGAGGUAGAGAAUACAUCUUGUACAAGAAUGAGAAUAUAGAACAAGGCUUGGGGUGGAAACUUCCUGGCCUCUCUGCUGCAAAUCCUGUCUAUAUUGAUCCUGUACAACCUCCUACGGGUACUACAGAAGACGUUGAGAGCAACUCAACAGAGAAAAAAGAUCAAGUUGAUAAAGUAAAGGAAGCUGUGGCAAACAAUCCAAAGCUUGCUGCUUUAUUGAAUGGGAUUCUUAGUGACGAAGAAGAAGACCAGGAAAAAGAUAAAGGACAGACAGACGAAGGACCCUUUACCUCUGUAAUUUCAGAAGAUGAAGACGAGACAUUGUUUAUAGAUUAUAGCAAACCAAACGAAAACAAAAGAGAUCAUUUGCUGAAUGAUAUGAACGCUUAUGCAGAUGACGAGGCUAUAGAUCAGGUCAUUUCAAGGAUUUAUGCUCAGGAUACUCGGGAAUUAAACAAGGCAGCAAAAAAGGAACAAGAUGAUUCUGCAUUAUCACUUGGGCCCGAUGAUUUCCUAAACCUUUGGAUUUCUAGAGUUCCUGAUGCAUUUUUGUACUUGUAUUCGUUUAAUGACGAGUACAAAAGGGUUCUUAGAUCAGCCAUAUUUGAUAGUGACAUUCCAACACUACAGAAUCAGCUCAUGUCCAUACGUAAACAGUUUGGAAAAACGCGUGAAGGGGAUGAACUUGCUUUAGAGUCGUUGCAGUUUCAGGAAUCAUUUUUAGAGAACGUGAUUCAGUGGAAGCAAAACAACCGACAACAGCAGGAUACUGCUGCAAGAGAGCAACUGCCAUCAAAGACUGAAAACGAUUUGGUUGAACCGUCUUUUGAAGAUAAUAUCAUACAAGACACGUCUAUACUUGAUGAUGACGAUGACGAGAUUAUUCAAUUUGUUGAAGCUGGAUCUAGCCAAAAGUUAGAAACUGAUGAUAAACCAUCACAAAGUGUCACUCCUUUGAGAGAACCUGUAUAUAUUAAUGUAUCACAGUCAUUACUGUAUACAAAACCAGAUGAGAAAUCUGGUGUAAAUAAGCUAAGCGAAAAUGAAGACAAUCGGAAACAAGAAAAGGAUACACAAGCUAGUAAAAACACCUCGUCGCUGGAAAAGAUUAGCCAUGAUGGGCAUAUUGAGAACAACGAGGACGAGGAUGAUAAUGAAAGCAUAUCAAUAGAAUAUGAAGAAGUUAUACCCAUACAUACUUUUGACAAUCUAAAUAAUUCAAAAGAGAAAGAAGCUGAUGAUGAAUCUCAAAGAAGUGAUAAGGUUGAAAAUGAAGCUGUAGCAGCAACAGUAGCGACUAAUGGCCAAGGCUACGAUUCAGAAGAAGAAUUGGAUGAUAAUGUACAAGGGGAAGAUGAUGAGUAUGCUCGCUUCAUCUCUAAUAUUGCAUCAAGGAAUAUAGAAGACGUAAAAAGAGAGUUAUAUGAAGACAUGAAGGACUUGAAUGCUCGACAGAGAAAAGAAAAGGGAAAUACAGAUGAUAUAACAGACCAAAUGAUUCAAGAUAUACAAGAGCUUUUAAAACUGUUUGGUAUUCCUUAUAUUGUCUCGCCUAUGGAGGCUGAAGCACAGUGUGCCGAAUUGGAGCGUCUUAACCUGAUUGAAGGAACGAUCACAGAUGACUCUGAUGUCUUUUUGUUUGGAGCAACACGUGUAUAUAAAAAUAUGUUCAAUCAACAACGCUUUGUAGAAUUCUACAAAAGUCAAGAUAUUGAAAGAGAAAUGAUGCUGAGCAGAACAAAGCUAAUUCAACUUGCUUAUUUGUUGGGCAGUGAUUAUACAGAAGGAAUUCCCGGGGUUGGUCCUGUUGCGGCUAUGGAAAUUCUCUCAGAGUUUUCAUCUGUUGAUGAUGAGGAUGAGUCAGUAGAAACUCCUUUAAUACGGUUUAAGGACUGGUAUAAUAGUGGUCAGGAUACCACAGAUUUUCAAAAGAAGUUUAGAAAAGGGCACAAGGAUUUGGAAAUACCAGCUGACUUUCCUAAUCCGUUGGUCAAGGAAGCAUAUCUUCAUCCUACUGUAGACAACUCCAAGCAGCAAUUCAAAUGGGGACAACCUCAGCUUGAUUCCUUAAGAGUCUUCUUGAUGGAGGCAUUUGGCUGGCCAGAAGAAAAGGCGGAUCAAGUACUAUUACCUGUACUUCAAGAAAUGAACAAAAGAACUGCUGUUGGUGAACAAUCAACUAUCAAUAGUUUCUUUAGUCCAACCACAGGCCCUGUGAAAGAUAUAACUGGAUCUAAACAUUCAAGCAAACGAGUACAGAAUAUUGUGGAGAAAUGGCGAAAACAAAAGAGAGCUAAACACUAG